AUGCCCUCCUCCGUCACGCCGUCCCAGCGCUCAAAGAGCAAGUACACCCCCAAGCAAGUCGCCUCCUUCUACUUCAAGCCCUACUUGACCGAAGAUGGCGAGCCAACCGGGCUGCAGGUCUGUAAGGCUUGUGGUAAAACACGCAAAUUUGUGGCCAAAACUGGGUACACCAACUUGGUGUCCCACGUGCGGUCUGACCAUGACCACUUUGAGGCCGAGAUGGAUGCUGCCAGUGCUGCAGCGACGGGCACACUGCUGCCAUGGGUCCGCCAGAAAGCGUCCAAUCGCUAUGCCUGGCUAACAUGGAUCGUGAAGGGCAACCUCCCAUUUUCCUUCGUGGAGAUGGAGACGACGAGAAGCUACACCAAUUUGCCACCUGUGUGCGAAGAGACGAUCUCUCGCGACAUGGAGAAAGUCACGAAGGCGGUGGAGCAGCGAAUCGGUGCCGAGCUGCCGGACAAGUUUGGGGUCAUUCUUGACGGAUGGAGAGCACUACCUGGCCGUGUACGGCUGCUACGACGUGCAUUGCGUGCGCAAGUGCCCCCUGCUCUCGUUUGCCCCGAUCAUUAA